GGGUGCGGCGUUGGUGAACCUGAGAAACCUGCCAAACGACAUUAUUAACAGUAUGGCCCGAAUGCUGCUAAAGGACUUUCAGCUAUGCUCGUGGGUUUUUAACGCUGCUCCACGUUUCUUGGGUAAAGAACUGCACUUUCAAAUGACAACUAAAACUAAAGAAGUCACAAAUGCUUCUGCAGUUUCUCCAUCAAAGAGAACAAGGACAGAAACACACCCUGCAGAGGAAAGACCUGUCCUCAAAUUUGCUAAACUUUCUGAGCAUGCUACGACCCCGACCAGAGGCUCAGCUAAAGCAGCAGGUUAUGACCUUUACAGUGCGUAUGAUUACUCCAUUCCUUCUAUGGAUAAGGCCAUUGUAAAGACAGACAUUCAGAUAGCAGUUCCACAUGGCUGCUAUGGGAGAGUUGCACCAAGAUCUGGACUAGCAGCAAAACACUUCAUUGAUGUUGGUGCUGGAGUUGUAGAUGAGGACUACAGAGGAAAUGUGGGUGUUGUGCUGUUCAACUUUGGCAAAGAGACGUUUGAAGUGAAAAAGGGCGACAGAGUUGCUCAGCUGGUGUGUGAGAAGAUCUGCUACCCAGAUCUGGUGGAGCAAGAGACACUCGAUGAAACAGACCGUGGUGCUGGAGGUUUUGGAUCAACUGGAACCAACUGAAACCCUCAAAUGUGUUUUUAAAAUAUGUUACUUAUAACUUCGAUAAAAUAAGAAAUAAAGUUUUGUUUUAUAUUUGA